UCGUUCUCUUCAUAAUUAUCGGAGGUGAAAGCGCACACGAUUUACCGCGAACCUAAAAAAGAAAAGUGGGAAAAAGUUAAAAAGUCACCCCGUUCAGAGAGCGUAAUGUAAACACCGUCGUCGUCGUUCGCUGUUUAUUCAUUGACACUUCGCAAGUUUGGCGUCACUUUUGCAUUUUAGACAAACAUGAAGAUCAACAGCGCCAUCCGCAUAGUUGGUGAACGAGUAGUCUUAGUUCCAUACAAGAAGUUGCAUGUGGAAAAGUAUCACCAAUGGAUGUUGUCCCCAGAGCUACAGGAACUCACAGCUUCAGAGCCUCUGAGUCUGGAAGAAGAGUAUGAGAUGCAGCAGUCAUGGCUGAUUGAUGAUGAUAAGUGCACUUUCAUUGUGCUGGACAAAUGUCUUCUAGCUGAAAAGAACAGUGAAAAUGAGGCCAUGAUUGGAGACACAAACCUCUUCCUGGUGGAUCAGGAGGACAGGACUCGGGCAGAGGGAGAAAUCAUGAUUGCAGAACCACAGUUCAGAAGCCAAAGACGAGGCUGGGAGGCCAUGCUGCUCAUGUUUAGAUAUGGCAUUGAGCAGUUAGGGGUGAAGACAUAUCAGGUUAAAAUAGGCCUGAGUAAUACACCCAGUAUAAACAUGUUUCAGAAAAUGCACUUUGAGGAAGCCACAAGAUCAGAUGUCUUCCAGGAAGUUACAUUGGAGUGUUCUGUCAAUGAGAAGUGGAAGGAAUGGUUGAAAGAAAAUAUAAAACAUUAUGAAAUAGUCCCAGAUGAAAUGAGAAAUUAAUGUUAAUGGAAUUAGUCAAAAUUAUAUGGAUUGUGAAUGGAAAUUAUCAGGUUUCAGAUCCACCUAAUAAAUGGAUAUGAUGUAUUGGUAAACACAUCAAUAUUUCUUGAGUAGAACUUAAUAAGUGAACACACAAAGUUUAUAGAAUAAAGAUAUUUUCUACUUUGCUGCUUUAAAACAUUUACUUACUCCCCUCUUCUUCUUUCACUAUUUUUAAUGACUCCUGUAACACAUUAACUCAACCAACCCCCUUGUCUGUAAGAACUGGUUGUUCUACUUGUACACAUGCUGUAAAACUAUCAGAUUUUGCUGGGUCCCAACCAUGUUGGAAUCCCCGGCAAUGAACUGGCAGAUACUCAAGUACACUCUGCUGCUAUGUCCACAUCAAACCAAACACAUUUCUUGCAUAUUUUAGCCAUGGAUUAUUACCCCCACUUUAAGAUCUUGUAUAACCAAUGGCAAUCUUUCUGGUCAAGUCUCUGCGCUAAAACUAUCAAUCUCCUCCUGGUCAGUUCCAUUUUAUCAGAACAGACAUUGGGAAAUGGCUCUCACCUGCAUAUGUUCCUUAUGUCCCCUAUGUUCCUUAUGUAAUAUCCCCCUUACAAUUCCACAGAUUCUGUUGUCCUGUCCAUGCUUUGUUGCAGCCCGUAUCCCUGCUUUCCCCCUCCAUUAUUGUGAUGAUAAUUAUCACUAUUACACUCAUGCAAAGGAUAUGUUGCUCUCUUCAAUGACCUCCCCACCUAUCAGACACCCUUACAGAAUCUUACUCUUUCUGCUUUGUCAACCUGUUCUCCUUCCUCAGAUGCAUACAUAUCCUUCACUUGAUCUAAUCCCCUAACCUAACCCUAUCUUAACCCAUUGACUCAUCAGCUCCUUUACCCAUCUUUAAACUUUCAAUAUUAAUCUAGAUAUUUGAUGAAUAGCAACUAACUACUAACUCAACCACCCUUCACUACCCUUUACUGUACCUUCCUGUAGUGCUACAUGGCCUUAGAAGUCUAGCACAUUUAUUUUGCUUUAGCCAUCUACUGUGCUACAGUUGUUAACAUUCAUCUAUAUGUCUGCAAAUAAGUGCUGUGCAAUGUGCUGUCUCUAAAUCAAUGUAACUAAACCCUGGUUUAGUUCUGUUGUUUUAUAUGUAUGGAGAUAUUUUUUAAUAAAUAAUUUCUGAAAAAAAAAAU